AAGCUGUCACCGACAUGGGCAGUGAGCACUACUGCUUGAGGUGGAACAAUCAUCAAUCCAACCUGUUAGGGGUGUUUAGUCAAUUACUACAGGACGAGAGUCUGGUGGACGUCACAUUAGCUUGUUCAGAGGGCGCCCUCAUCAAAGCCCAUAAGGUGGUCCUCUCGGCCUGUUCUUCAUAUUUCCAGAGCCUUUUUCUGGACCACCCCGAAAAGCAUCCAAUUGUGAUAUUGAAGGACGUCCGCUUAGCCGAACUGAAAACAUUAGUCGAAUUCAUGUACAAGGGCGAAGUUAACGUGCAAUAUUGUCAGUUGUCAGCUUUGCUCAAAACGGCCGAGUCGUUAAAAGUUAAGGGCUUAGCAGAGAUGACCAAUCAGAAUACAACACUCAGAGAGCCAGAACGUGAACCGGAUCGCUUGAGACCGCACUCGCAGCCCAGCAAGAGCACCUGUGACAGUCCCGUCGAUACUGCGCUAGCGGGCGGGUCCACCACAUCGAUCGCCACCUCAGCCGCAAACUUAGCCACAUCAGCCACUUCGACAGCCGCCUCCGCCGCCGCCUCUUCUUCGUCUGCCUCAGCCUCUACAACCGCCACCUCAGUCUCGACGACAGCAGCAACCACAACGACGCCGGUCAGCACAGCAGCUGCAGUAGUCGCUGCUGCCGCAGCGGCCGUUGCAGCGGUAACACAACAACAACAACAGCAACAGCAAGCUGCCACAGCAUCUGCCUCGACAACAACGACGUCCACGUCAACGGCAGCCGGUGUAACCGCUACCACAACAACGGCGUCCACAGCGCAAAAACGAGACGCCAGCGGUGAACGCGGCGGCAGUCCGUCAGCGGUGCCCCCUACUAAACGUCUACAAAUGUCACCCGAACGUGACUCAUCGCCGCUGCCACUUGAUCUCUACCAGGGACGUAGCGGUGAAUCAGCAACUGGCGCGGAAUGUGGUAUAGCCGCCUCGAACGAGGAACGCGAUGCGACGACGCAUGUCAUAAGCAAAAGUAACAGCAGCAACAAUAAGAAUGUGAGCAGCAGUGGUGGCGUAAGCGGGAGUAGCACACAAACAGCGUCACACCACAAUAAUGGCAAUAGCGAUAUCAGGACAAGACGGCAUGAUAACUCGGACGAUGAAGAUGAUGAUGAGGGUGGUGGCGUCGGCAGCGGCGGUGGUGGUUGUGGUGCCUUGCUCGAUUCACCACCCGCACGACCCGCCUCCUGUAGCGUGCUGGACGUAAGUGGCAUGGGUCUCACGUUGGGCGUGGUGGAGAAGAUCGAAGAACCCGAUAGCUAUGACGAGGAAAUGGAUCUGGAUGAGGAUGUAGAGGAUAAUAGCUCGAAUGAUGCCAUGGGCUUGAAUAUGAAAAUCGGCGCAGCAAUUAGCCACUCAGCGGCUUCGUUGGCGUUGCCCUCACCACUAGGUGGUGGCAGUGGUGGCGGUGGCGGUGAUCCAGAAUCGGCACGUUCUACACCCGCUGCAGCUACAAGCUCAUCCUGCGGCGGUGGGCUCAUACUCGCAUCGGAUCUCUCACACCAGCAGCAUCGCGCCACUUCACGUAGUCCACGCGAUGGCGGCAGCGUGGCUGGCGAGCGGCCUAGCAGCAGUGGCGUCUGCAUGCUAUCGGCUACGUCGGGCGUAGUCUUGAGUCCAAGUGCGUCGGCGACAGCACCAGCAGCGGGCAAUGAACCGCUGGCGGGUACGUCCGGAUUGGGGCCAGUGCAGUCGGUGCCACUGUCGCUUAAGAAAGAGAUCGAUUGCAGCGAGGAUGACAACAGCAACAGUCGACAUAUGCAUCAGCCGCGCUCGGCGUCAGCGGGCGGCGGCCUAGGUGGUGAUUUGGAUUAUCGUCUCACAACACACGAAUCGGAAACGUCCGAUUCGCCCCACGUUGCCGCUGCCGGCGGCGGCGCGAGCAGCGGUGGUGGCGGCGGUAGUUGUGGCACUGUUUCGUGUUCCACCUCUGCCGCCGCCGCGGCCGCAGCCAUUGCUGCCUCGGCGGCCUCCACCUCCCAUCAUCUCGACCAACCGCAAACACCGCCGCCCCUUUAUACCUGCAUGUACUGCGGCCACACAUUCCAGCACCAAAGCAAGCUAACGCGACACAUACUCUCGCACUCGCUAAAAACGCUGGAGUAUCGCGAAGCGGCACAACAUCCGCUGUUGCAUUCGCACUUGCUGUCGCACGACCUCAAUAUGGCGCAACUUCCACAAUUCACCACGUACCAAAUGAAUGCUUUGGCGGCCAGCGGCGCUGAAACUCAGGAACAAGCGGCUGCGGCGGUGGUAGCCGCUGCCAUGGAACUGGACUUUGCUGCCGCUUUGGCUGCUACAUGCGGUAGUGUGGGUGCGCGUGGGGCACUCGAUCUCGAUGGCAGUGGUGGUGGUGGCCGAGUUGGGCAUGGUGUUGCUGGUGGUGGAGGCGGCGGCUCGACAUCUGGCAAUGGCGGCAUUGGUGGCUCACCAGUGGGUAGUGGCAGUUUGGUGCUGAGCGGCGCUGGUUCGUCGUCCUCUUCGACGUCUGCGGCGGCGGCGGCGGCAGCGGCAGCAGCAGCUGCUGCGGCCUCCUCGGCGGGCUCGUUGCUUGGCGCAUCAUCGAGUGGCGCCGAUCCAAAUAGUGUUGUGCUGUGCAAGUUUUGUGGCAAAAGUUUUCCCGACGUGACAUCAUUGAUUACGCAUCUGCCAGUGCAUACGGGUGAGCGGCCAUUCAAAUGUGAGUUCUGUGGCAAGGCUUUCAAGCUGCGCCACCAUAUGAAAGAUCAUUGUCGCGUACAUACGGGCGAACGACCGUUCCGAUGUCAAAUGUGCGGGAAAACCUUCUCACGCUCGACCAUACUGAAGGCGCACGAGAAAACCCAUUUUCCCAAGUAUGUGCGCAAAUUUCUUUCACCAAGCCCUGUCGACACAAAGGAUGAACUACCACAAUAGUGAAGCGACUUUAGUUUGCUCCUAAACUACUACUAUUAUUACUACUACUACAACUACAACAUACAGGAUAAUAAUAAUUACAAUUAUUACAACUGACGAUGAGCGAUCGUGAUCUAAAGUGGCCGGCACGGGACGGCGCAUAAGAUCACGAUCAGUGCACCACGAAACAGGUUGAACGCGAUGAUGAUGAUGAUGAAGAUGAAAAUGAAAAUGAUAUUCUGGCGUUCCAGAAUUACAGGAAAAAUAGUAAUACUAAACCACGACGACAAAGAAUUUGUGGUUGAGCGCCCAUAUGUAGAUGAGAAAGAGGCGUGCCACUUAAUAAAUUGUAAACAAAAUAAAAAAACCUAGAAGUCUGCACGAGCAUACAUACGGCAGCAAUUACAUAUAUACUUAUCUUCUACAAUACAUAUUAGCAACGUACAUAUAUAUACAUACAAUAUGUGUGCAAAAGAGAGUGAAAAAGAAAUAUGUUAGAGAGAAAGAGAGAGAGAGAGAGAUGAGGUGAAAUCAUAUGCAUACACACACAUACAUACAGAUAUAUACAUAUGAUUAAGUAAGCGAAGAAAUUCAAAGAAUAAAGCUACAGUAAGAAGAAGAAGAAAUUGUCAUUAUAUACAUGCAUACAAGUAUAUACAUAAAUACAUAUAUACACAGUAUAUAUACACAUAUAUAUAUUUAAAGUAGUUGUAAAACAAAAAUAAUGAACUCAAAGAGCAGAAAAUGUAGUGUGUGAAACAAAACAUAAGAGGAGUGUAGAGGAGAAGUAAAAACGCUAAGCGUAAAUGCAAAAUUUUAAUUGCAUUUUUUUACAAAUAGGAAUUGUGUACAGAGUGUAAUUAGUAAACGAGACACGUGGAGCUAACGCAAACGCAAACAGAGCCAGGAGUAGUGUACGUGAGCGAGACCAGCGAUGUAUGGCUGGUAUGAGGAAGGCAGAAAAAAAUUAAGAAAAUGAAAGAUAAAGGGGAAGAGACAUGUCAUUACUUUUUCUCCUUUCUAAAACAGUGAGUCCUAAGUGCUGCCGUAGUAAAGGCGCGCAGCUAGCGAGAAAGAUAGAGUAAAGGGAGAGAGGACGGCUGAGUGAGUAGCAGCGCUUACUCAAAAUGGAGUAAGCUCAAAGCGGAGAGCUAACAUAAUAAAGCGUCUAUUUUUAGUGAAUACAUACAUACUUUCAUGUGUAUGUAUGAAUAAUUAUUCAGCAGACAGAACGAAAACGAUUUUCGUUUUUCCUUGGUUAAAUGCAGGUUUAGGAUUUCUUUUAUAUAAGAAUUGUAUGUACUUUAAAUUGUAAGCGAAAGUAAAUGUUUGUAACAGAGAAGAAGAAGAA